UGAAAAUUAGAUCUGAUUUACCCAUUGUUUGAAAUCAGCAAACAAAAAUAUUAAUGCUAGAACAUCUUUCCUUUCUUUCUUUCUUUCUUUUUCUUUUCUUUUCUUUUUUCUUUUUCUUAGUUCCCCUGACAACUAACUACCACUGGCAUAAUGACAUAUAGGCUUCACGUCCCACCUACCAGUCUAUUGGCUUCACCUUCCUUAGACUUUCAGUUUCAUACACAUCUUUAUUGCUUUUAUAUAGAACCUCCUUCAGAUAGCUCACACAAGCAAAACUCGCCUCUCAGUUCUCCUAUGGCUUCAACCACUAAUGAAACUGCCCAUGAAUUUCCACCCUUUUUCAAAGUCUUUAAGGAUGGCCGCAUAGAGAGGUACAUGGUCAUGGACCAUGUUCCCGCAGGUCUAGACCCAGAAACAGGAGUCCAAUUCAAAGAUGUUACGGUCUCCAUUGACACCGGUGUUAAAGCUCGAGUCUUCCUCCCUAAACUCGAUGGUUCAAGUCGUAGGUUGCCACUCCUGGUCCACUAUCAUGGGGGAGGGUUCUGCGCCGGAUCAGCAUUCGACAUUGUCACAAAGAAAUUUCUUACUUCUAUGGUCAUUCAAGCCAAUGUCAUUGCCAUUUCAAUUGACUAUAGGUUAGCUCCAGAGCAUCUUCUACCAAUUGGAUAUGAUGAUUCAUGGGCUGGGCUCCAGUGGAUUGCUAGCCAUUCAAACGGGCUAGGACCCGAACCCUGGCUCAACGAGCACGUUGAUUUUGGGCGGGUCUUCUUAACAGGCGAGAGUGCCGGGGCAAAUAUCGCCCAUUACGUUGCAGUCCAAGCUGGUGUGAUUGGACUGGCUGGUGUCAAGAUUAAGGGUUUACUUAUGGUGCAUCCAUUCUUUGGAGGCAAGGAGGAAGAUAAAAUGUACAAGUAUCUGUGUCCGACGAGUUCCGGGUGCGACAAUGACCCAAAACUGAACCCAGGAAGGGAUCCGAAUUUGUCAAAAAUGGGGUGUGAUGAAGUGUUGGUUUGUGUGGCAGAGAAAGACUGGCUGAGAAAUAGAGGGGAGGCCUAUUAUAAGAAUUUGGAUAAUAGUGGAUGGGGUGGGAAAGUGAAACUCUUGGAGACUAAAGGGGAAGACCAUUGCUUUCACUUGUUCACAACCAACAGUGCAAGCGAUGCGUUAUUCAAAAGACUUGUUGAUUUUAUAAUCCAGAAGGAGUAACUGUUUGUUAUGAAAAUGGAUAUGUAAUUUGUUUCUGCCAGUAUUAGAGGCUUGGGAGUAGUAAAAUAAUAAGUUAUUGUAUCUUUGGCCAUUAAUGUUGUCUCAGUAAAAUAAGAUGUAAUCUAGGUUUAGUUUUGUUAUAGUUAUUGAUGAAUAAAGAUGAAUGCUUGGCACAUUA